AUGGCACUUGAGAGGCAGAGCCAAGUGAGGGCUUCGAUAUUCCAGGCGUCUCAAUCUCUUUUGCAAACGCUGUCUACGUCGCUUGGUCCAAGAGGGCUUGACAAGAUGCUUGUAAGGGACAAGAAGACUGUGGUGACAAACGAUGGAGCGACGAUACUCAAGUACCUGAACAGAUACCCGGUGCAUGGGAUUCUGUCAAACAUGUCGUCUGCACAAGAUGAAGAGUGUGGAGACGGAACAACAAGCGUAGUUGUGCUUGCUGGAUGCCUGCUGGAAAGAAUAGCUGCCCUACUGGAAAGGAACGUGCAUCCGUCGAUUAUUUGCGACAAUCUUGAGAUUGUAAAGAGGAUAGCGCUUCGUUACAUUAACCGAGUCAAGAUAGAGUGUGACAAGAAAGACUUUGUAAAUACGGUGAACACUGCACUGAGCUCGAAGAUAGUGUCUUCAAGCAGCUGUGAGAUGGCGUUUGCAGCAAUUGAGGGCAUGGAGCAUGUGAAUGGGCAAAAAAGACGCAUAAGAAUAAUUAAGAAGGUUGGGGGAGGAUUGGACGAUGUAAAAGCAUACAAGAGCAUUCUUUUGGAAUGCGACAUUAAGAACUUGCCAAAGAAGGUUAAGAUUGCAGUUGUGCAAUUCUGCCUUAGUGCGCCUAAAACCAACAUGGACAGCAAGAUUUUGAUAAAUGACUCGUCUCUGAUGGACAAGGUGAUACAAGAUGAAAGGAAGUACAUUUUGGAAAUGUGCAAGAAAAUAAAGAAGAGCGGAUGCACACUACUGAUUGUCCAGAAGAGCAUUCUGAGAGAAUCGUUGAGCGAUCUUGCUAGUCAUUUCUUAAAGCAACUGAACAUCCUUGUAGUAAACUCCGUGGACAGAAAAGACAUUGAUUACUUGUGUACUGCGCUGUCUAUCCAGCCUGUUUCUGAAAUAGAUCUGCUGGGGGUGUCGUCUCUGGUUGAGGUUGAGAUUGGAGAGGUUGAGGGAAUGCUUGAGAUAAAAGGAUACGGAUGCACUAUUGUGCUGAGGGGAUGCGAUGAGAUGGUUGUUGACGAGGCAGAACGAUCAUUGAAUGAUGCAUUGUGUGUGGUGAAAUGCCUGAAUGAAGUGCCAUUUUUGGUUCCUGGAGGAGGGUCUGUUGAGAUGGGAAUUGCCUCGAUGCUUUGCGAAUGCACCGAAGGAAAUGUGUAUGUCCUGAGGGAGAUUGCCAAGGCAUUUGAAGGGAUUCCGUACUUUCUUGCAAAGAAUGCAGGACUCUAUCCUGUUGAAAUUGUUUCUGAGCUAAGGAAUGAACUGAAGCAGAACGAGUGCGUAGGAAUCAGCGUCCGAAGCGGGCAUGCUGGAGAUAUGGUCAAGGAUGAUUUCGUGAUACAACCAGCAAAGGUAAGCAUCAGCAUGAUUACUCUUGCGCUUGAAACAGUAUCUAUGAUCCUCAAGAUCGAUGACAUUCUUCCAGCUAGAAGAUGA